AUGGCUUCCUUCUUUUGGAUUCUGCUUCUGGGCAUCUCGUUUAUGGUGUCGGCAACAAUGGGAGCUCCCCCAAGAAGGCUUGUGGAUGUCCCAUUUGGCAGAAACUACGCGCCCACUUGGGCUUCUGGGCAUCUCGUUUAUGCUACUACUUUUUCUCUGCUAGAAACUAAACUAGUCAAAAUGCUUUGUGUUUCUGCAGAAAAAAUGGCUUCCUUCUUUUGGAUUCUGCUUCUGGGCAUCUCGUUUAUGGUGUCAGCAACAAUGGGAGCUCCCCCAAGAAGGCUUGUGGAUGUCCCAUUUGGCAGAAACUACGCGCCCACUUGGGCUUUUGAUCACAUUAAGUACUUCAAUGGCGGCUCUGAGAUUCAGCUUCUCCUUGACAAAUACACUGGUACUGGCUUCCAAUCCAAAAGAUCUUACUUGUUUGGUCACUUCAGUAUGCAAAUCAAACUGGUUCCUGGGGAUUCUGCAGGAACUGUUACUGCUUUUUAUCUUUCUUCUCAAAACUCAGAGCAUGAUGAAAUAGAUUUUGAGUUCUUGGGAAACAGAACCGGCCAGCCAUACAUUUUGCAGACAAAUGUCUUCAGCGAGGGUCAGGGUAACAGAGAAAAAAGGAUUUACCUUUGGUUUGACCCAACAAAAGGUUACCACUCCUACUCUGUUCUCUGGAAUAUGUAUUAG